UUUGGUGUUAUUUUGUGAGUCUUUAUUCGCGAAAUUUGAAGUGUUACACUCUCGUAUUCGUCGCAAAAUUACACUCGGAGUUUUCAUCGGGUGUUUUUCUAUUCGGAUCAACUGGAGUUUACUCAAUUCGGCGCGUGCUUAAUUCGCCAUCUAUUGGCUGAUAGCGAAGUCGCGACUAGUUUCUGCACUUGGGUUGCAUACUUAUUGGCGAUUUACUGAACGUGCAGUGCUGCCAUUACAAUGGAUUCGACUGCAACUGACUGUUCAAAAUGCCAUCAGGCCAUCAAGGCGGCUGCUUUCUUCCGGUGCAACGGCAUUUGUGGGAGUUCUUUCCACAUGCAUUGCACUUCCUCCACCCAACAACAGAUGAGGUCGGUGCAGGAUGUGCCGAAUCUUUUUUGGCGCUGCGAUGGAUGUGUGGUGACCAUGGAAACCCCCGAGUAUCGCACUGCAUUCCGGGCCCUAUGUGAAGCUUUGCGCAGCGUCUCGGAAACCCACACGAAGGCUUUUGAAGAGGUCAAAGCUGAGCUGGUUGAAACCAACAACAAGAUCGACCAGUUGAUUUCGAAGCUACCUGAACCCAAAACUGCACCAACUUGGCCUUCCAACAAAAGACGGCGUAGCCGCGUGUCAGGACCGAGUUCCACAACAACUCACCAGUUCGAUCGAUGUCGGCGGCGUUCAACGAAAUGUACUUCCUGUUUGAAUUUCACGAGCCCAUUCCAAGAUUUCGCGAAAAACUACGCAUCGAGUUCCAGGAGCGUACAAGAACUUUGCUUGGUGCGCCUCGCCAGGAUCCCGUCGUUGGCCGGUUACGCAUAGGACGACAAUGACUUGACUUAUUUUUAAAAUGUAUUGUAAUUUACCACGUAUGUUGUCAUGUUAUCAAUCUCGAUGUAAUUUAUUUUAAAAGAAGUGAGGUUUUGUGCCUUUGUGAGAAUGAUUCUAAUGUUUCAACUCACAUCGGCUUUUGCCCUCGCCAACCAAAACAUCCAUGUAGACCCUUGGUUCGAUGGAUUAAUAAUAAAUAA